ACUCUGUUUGCAACUCUCACUCUCUCAGUCUCAGAUUCGAAGCAGAAAAAUUGAAUCGAGAAGAUGGGAGCUUUCGGGAAAACGAUCGACGUUGUUCUCUUCUUCUUCUUCGCUCUAAUGGCGGUUGUUUCGCCGCUCAUCGACGGCCAAACGGCACUUCCUAAAGGGAUAUUUCCGGCGUUUCUCACCGAUCUGGAAAGCAAUUACAUCGCCGAGUUCGGAGAUUACUUGCUCAUGGAGAAGCCGCAUUUUCUCGUUGGGCUCGUCUGGCAUGAGCUCUUAUUCCUAUGGCCGCUCUCGAUUGCUAACGUCUACGCGAUUCUUGCUGGAAAGCCGUGGUUUGGUACCACCUGCUUGCUGUACGGAGCUUCCACCGUGACUUCAAUGGCUGCAAUCCUGGGAGAGGUGCUAGGUUCGGGUAAGGCAACUGACAGAUUGCUAAUGAUGUAUGUGCCUUUCAUGGGUAUUGGGAUUCUGGCUCUUCUUCGUGGUUUAGUCUCUCGUUCCACCAAAAGCACCGGAUCUGAUGGCCAGAGAUCCACUAUUAUGCCCAGGAGAAAGCUGGCCUAAUAGGUGAUUUCUCAUCUGGGACGGUAGUCCUAGUUGUAUCUUUUUCUUUAUGUGCCUUUGGAUAACUUGGGUAGAUAGGUAUUUGAUCUUUCCAGAUGAAAAACGUUAUUGCUUUCAUGGGUAUGAUCGAAUAUGUACUUUGCAUUGACCUUUAUUCCAGAGAAACUCAUUUUGUCUGGU